GGAAGUACAGAAUCCGAGACAGCAGCUGUAGAAACAAGCAGAAACAUGUGAUUCAUUUCCAAACAACCCAUCAAUGAUCAGGUGUAUACAAGGAAAAGUAAGAUGAUGUUGAUUUUCAGAUCCCCUCUUUUCCAUUUGCUCAUCUACUGCGCAACCCAGACUUCAGGUGUCAAGAUCGAGUCUGUCCCAAACAUCAACAGUGAGGGAUUGGUACUGACAGAGCUGGAGAAGACUGUGUCUCUGAUCUGCAGCUCAGAGGCUGACGAGGACCUGGUCUGGCUGAGGAAUGGUGCUGUGGUCAAUUUGAUGGAAGGAAAUAGGAAGGGUCGCAGUAGUGUGUGCGUCACACCUGUCAUCUAUGAAGACAACGAUGCAACUUUCACCUGCCACGUCAGCGGAAAUACCACAGAUAGGGACUCAGUCACUCUGAAUGUCAGAUAUCCUCCAACACUCUCAGGCUCAGAGGAGGUUGCAGUAGAGGAUGGGGCCGUGCUUGUCCUGCAGUGUGAUAUCUGGGCCAAUCCACCAGUCUCAUCUUUGUCAUGGACACUAAAUGGAAGCGCAGUGGAUCUAUUUGCAAGUGGCUUUGCGGUGACCAAUGACGGCUUCACAACCCAGCUAACCGCCAACAGUGCAGAUGCAAGCUUGCAUGAAGGCGCGUAUCGGUGCACAGCAAACUCUCCAUUCCAUGGAGAGCACAGCAAGGACUUCCAAGUCAGAGUAACAGAAAAGACCAUGAAGUUCCCGCUGAUGCCCAUGAUAGCAGGGAUAGUGGUGGUGUGUCUGACUGCACUUCUCGCCGUUGUGGCACGAUGGGACAGAAUUACAAAGUGCUGCAAGUGAGUCGUGCAGAAAAUGACACUCUUAUUUCUACUUCAUUGAAUGUGAGAAAUCAUGAAGAUACCUCCACUCUCUUUUGUGUGUAACAGACUUUGAUUAUUACUUUACAUAGUCUUUAAUUUUACAUCAAAGUUAUUUGACAUUUUGUUAAAAGGAUGGUUUGACAUUUUAUCGUUGUCUUGCUGAGAGCUAGACUAGAAGAUCAAUACCACUCACGUACAAACUGGAGUUAGAUGAAACAUCUAGUCUGGUUAGCUGGUUUUUGUAUAAAUUAAGUGAACGAGAUAGGCUAUAACAUGUUAGCAAGCUUUAUAUGUGCUGGUAGUUACUUUCUGACACACAAUCGCACAUCUGUUUCCCCAAUUUCCAGUCUUUGUUCUAAGUGAGCUUCAUAUUUACUGCACAUGACAGUAGUAUCAAUAUCCAUCAAACUCAACUGGCCAAGAUUGUGAGGAAGCAUAUUUCCAAAAAUGUUGAACUACUCCUUUAAUAUAUGACAAAAUAUAGCAUUCUGUACUGUGUUUGCUCUUUGUCAUAUUGACUAUUGAUUAUGGCAGGAUGAUCUAUGAAGUCUAUACUCAAUAUUACGUCAAG